CUCUGGGAAGCACAACACUCCAGCUUUACCAAUUUGCUAUACGCUCCCGCUAUUCCUGACGUGUUACUCAAAUUUACAUAAAGAAUCCACCCACAUUUCCCUACCUACAAAUCCCACAUCGCAAACACUUGGCCUAGUUUUGUUCCAACGAUCAUAUAUCACAGUUUCCUAAUUGCCCCAAUUCAACAAUGCCGCGGGCCAGCCGCUUCAAACCCUUCAAUGACAGGGUGAGGCGGGCUCUCAGCCAGCACAUUCGCCUCCUGCACCGCUCCGGCGCCACCUUCUUCAUCUUGGGCGACACUGGAAAUGUCUACACUGCCACCAUAUCCACCCACCCUAAAUGCAGCUGCCCUGACCUUGUGACACCCUGCAAGCAUUUGCUGUUUGUGUAUCUCCAAGUGUUGGGGUAUUCGGAGGAUGACAGGUCUCUGAGGGACGGCACAUUCUCGCAGUGGGAGGUGCAGAGCAUGCUGGCGCAAGACACUCUGCCUGAGUCGCUGGCGAGGGAGAGCGCAAGGAAAUGGUUUCGUCAGCUGUAUGGCAAGCAGAGGCAGCAGGGGCCUUCUUCGUCGUCGUCGAGGCCAAAGGUGGUGAUUGAAGAGGGUACUUGCUGCCCUGUUUGUUUGGAUGAAAUGGGGAAGCAAGACAAAGUGGUGGCUUGUGGGACGUGUAGAAACCUGAUUCAUGAGGAAUGCUUCUUGAAGUGGAAGAGGAGCGCGAGGAAGAAGCCGGCGCAUUGUGUGAUGUGCAGGGCGAUGUGGGGUUCGAUUGAGCAAGAGCAGGAGAAGUGCUUGAACUUGGCUGCUUACGCUAGCACUAGCGAGGAGUUGGAGGAGGAGGAGGAGGAGGAUGAUGAUUCCGAAGACUAG